CCGCGAUGUCACGCUCCCCAUCUCCCCUGGUUUCACCACGAGCUGAAGGGGCUGUUUCCCUCCCUCCCAGCUCAGUGCCGCAGGCAGCAACUCGGAGGCCGGCCAAGAUGAUUUACGGGAUCUGCCGGCUCUGGGGCGGUAUCCCAGGGAAGGGUGAGGGUGCGUGGGAGCCUUGCUCCCAUUUUCCAUAAUAAAUCCCGUUGGGUACUGAAUGUUCCUGGGUCGGGGCCGGAGGCAACCUCAGCGCCGCGUUUCUGUGCCGAUCUGGCCUCGGGACUUAAUCUCAAAUCCGUUAUCGCUGCCCCCAUCGAGCGCUGGGAGGCAGCGAUACCGUUUACGGCGGGUUCGAUAUCCCUUCCAGCUACUUUUUUUUUUUUUUUUUUUUUUUUUCCCCCCUGACCAGCUCGGGGUGGUUCGAACCGAUUCCUUUCCCCCCGUUAGCAUCGGCGGUGGGUGGGUGCCGGUCGCCCCGCUCCGGUUUUGCCGGGUAUAAAGGCGGUGAGCCCCUCUCCGCCCCGGCCCUUGCCCGGCAGGCACCUGGGCAGGGGCGAUGGCCGAGCUGCCCGUCCCGGAGCUGCCCGCCGCCGCCCCGGCCCGCUGCAGCGGCCGCUUCACCAUCAGCACCCUCCUGGGCAUGGAGGAGGGCGGCUGGGGUCCCUACGCACCCGCCGAGGGGGCCGGCUGCGACAGCCCCCACCCCACCCACCUCUCCGGCAGCACCCUCUGCACCAGGACCUUCGGCUACAACACGCUGGACGUCGUGCCCGCUUACGAGCACUACGCCAACAGCAAAGGGGUGGGCGAGGCCGGGACGGGCAGGCCCUCGCUGGCAGACCUGCACUCCAUCCUCAAGGUGAGGUGGGGCUCGGCGGUGCCCCCGGUCCCCGGGGCUUCGUCUCCCGCUUCUCGGCGGGGCAAUGGCCUGCCGGAGGCCGGCCCCGAGGAGGCGGCGGGGGAGCCGGGCAGAGCCCCCGCGCCGGAGCCCGUCCGCUUCGGCUGGGUGAAGGGUGUGAUGAUCCGCUGCAUGCUGAACAUCUGGGGAGUCAUCCUCUACCUGCGCUUGCCCUGGAUCACGGCCCAGGCGGGAAUCGCCCUGACGUGGCUCAUCAUCCUGAUGUCCGUGACGGUGACCACCAUCACCGGCUUGUCCAUCUCCGCCAUAUCCACCAACGGCAAAGUGAAGUCAGGGGGCACCUACUUCCUCAUCUCGCGGAGCCUGGGGCCGGAGCUGGGCGGCUCCAUCGGGCUGAUCUUCGCCUUCGCCAACGCGGUGGCCGUGGCCAUGCACACGGUGGGCUUCGCCGAAACUGUCCGGGACCUGCUGCAGGAGCACAACUCCCUCAUCGUGGACCCCACCAACGACAUCCGCAUCAUCGGGGUCAUCACCGUGACGGUGCUGCUGGGCAUCUCCCUGGCCGGCAUGGAGUGGGAGGCCAAGGCACAGAUACUGUUUUUCCUGGUCAUCUUGGUUUCCUUCAUAAAUUACCUGGUGGGGACGGUGAUCCCAGCCACCGCCGAGAAGCAAGCGAAGGGUUUCUUCAGCUACCGAGCCGACAUCUUUGCCCAGAACUUCGUGCCCAGCUGGCGUGGACCCGAGGGCUCCUUCUUCGGCUUAUUUUCCAUUUUCUUUCCGUCGGCGACCGGCAUCCUGGCCGGGGCCAACAUUUCGGGUGACCUGAAGGAUCCCGCUGUGGCCAUCCCCAAGGGCACCUUGAUGGCCAUUUUCUGGACCACCGUGUCUUACCUGGUGCUAUCUGCUACGAUCGGCGCCUGCGUGGUCCGGGACGCCUCGGGCAGCCUGAACGACAGCGUGCCGGUGGGCUCGCCGGGCUGCGAGGGACUGGCCUGCGGCUACGGCUGGAACUUCACCGCCUGCGCCCAGCGGCAGAGCUGCCGCUACGGGCUCAGCAACUACUACCAGAGCAUGAGCAUGGUGUCCGGAUUCGGCCCCCUCAUCACGGCGGGGAUCUUUGGUGCCACCCUCUCCUCGGCACUGGCCUGCCUCGUCUCAGCCCCCAAAGUCUUCCAGUGUCUCUGCAGGGACCAGCUCUACCCUCUCAUAGGCUUCUUCGGGAAGGGCUACGGGAGGAACAGCGAGCCCAUCCGUGGCUACAUGCUCACCUAUGUCAUCGCCGUCGGCUUCAUCCUCAUCGGUAGGUGCUCGCCACGCCGGUGCCCGCUGCCGGCCGGGUGGGGUGAUCCCUCCUGCUCACAGCUCGCUCUCCUCCUCCUCCUCCUCCUCCCCACAGCCGAGCUCAAUGCCAUCGCCCCCAUCAUCUCCAACUUCUUCCUCUGCUCCUACGCCCUCAUCAACUUCAGCUGCUUCCACGCCUCCGUCACCAACUCCCCAGGCUGGCGACCCUCCUUUCGGUAUUACAGCAAGUGGGCUGCCCUCUUCGGGGCCACCGUCUCAGUGGUCAUCAUGUUCCUGCUGACCUGGUGGGCAGCCCUCAUCGCCUUCGGCAUCGUCAUCUUCCUCCUGGGAUACGUCCUCUAUAAAAAGCCGGACGUCAACUGGGGCUCCUCCAUGCAAGCCAGCUCGUACAACAUGGCCCUCAGCUACUCGGUGGGGCUGAGCGAAGUGGAGGAGCACAUCAAGAACUACAGACCGCAGUGCCUGGUGCUGACCGGCCCCCCCAAUUUCCGCCCGGCCCUGGUGGACUUCGUGGGGACGUUCACCAAGAACCUCAGCCUGAUGCUCUGCGGCAACGUGCUGAUCGGACCGCGGAAGCAGAAGAUGCCGGAGUCCCGGCUGACGGCAGACGGCCACACCAAGUGGCUCGUGAAGAGGAAGAUCAAGGCUUUCUACACGGAUGUGGUGGCCGAGGACCUGAGAAGCGGCGUCCAAAUGCUCAUCCAGGCUGCCGGCCUCGGGAAGAUGAGACCCAACAUCCUGGUGCUGGGCUACAAGAGGAACUGGCAGACGGUGCCCCCGCAGAGCCUGGAGGACUACGUGGGCAUCCUGCACGACGCCUUCGAUUUCAAGUACGGCGUGUGCUUAAUGAGAAUGAAGGACGGGCUGAAUGUUUCCAGAGUGAUGCAGGCUCACGUUAACCCGACGUUCGAGGCAGCGGAGCUCCCCGAGGAGAACGGCACCGGUGGCAGAGCAGUCCCAGGCACAGCAGACCCUGCCGCCUUGGCCGGCGAGCAGCAGGCGAGCACCAUCUUCCAGAGCGAGCAGGGCAAGAAGACCAUCGACAUUUACUGGCUCUUCGAUGACGGAGGUCUCACGCUGCUCAUCCCCUACCUCCUGGGGCGCAAGAAGCGGUGGGGAAAGUGCAAAACCCGGGUGUUCGUCGGCGGGCAGAUCAACAGGAUGGACGAGGAGAGGAAGGCGAUUGUCUCCCUGCUGAGAAAGUUUCGCCUCGGCUUCCACGAGGUCCACAUCCUCCCCGACAUCAACCAGAAACCCCGGCCAGAGCACAUCAAGAGGUUCGACGACCUGAUCGCUCCCUUCAGGCUGAACGACGGCUUCAAAGACGAGGCCACGGUGAACGAGAUGAGGCAGGGCUGUCCCUGGAAGAUUUCUGACGAGGAGGUCGAUAAAAACAGAGCUAAGUCGCUCCGGCAAGUGAGGCUGAACGAGAUUUUGUUGGAUUACUCGCGGGACGCGGCGCUCGUAGCCAUCACGCUGCCCAUCGCCAGGAAGGGUCGCUGCCCCAGCUCCCUCUACAUGGCCUGGCUGGAGACCCUCUCGCAGGACCUGAGACCCCCCGUCGUCCUCACCCGAGGAAACCAAGAGAACGUGCUGACCUUUUACUGCCAAUAAAACCCCCCGGAUCCCUGCCGA